AUGCCCAUCGCGGAGCUCUUUCUUGGCGCCCUUCUUCGUGUGUUGUUCGAGAGGUUGGCCUCUCCCGAGCUGCUCAAGUUUGCGAAGAUGCUGAUCAGCAUCAACCAGGUGCUGGAUGAUGCAGAGGACAGGCAACUGAUCAACAAUGCUGGGGUGAAGUCGUGGCUCGAAGAUCUCAGGAACUUGGCCUACAACAUUGAAGAUUUGCUUGAUGAGUUCACCACAAAAUCUGCCGAAAAAAAGUCCAAGGCAAAACCCUGCACUAGGAAGGUCUGUUUCCUUCUUCCAAGUUGUGACUUCAUACUAAGCCCAUGUGCAUUUAUGUCCAAUUGCAAAAUGAGAUCCAAGAUUAAAGAGAUGGAUGGAAGAUUAAAGGAUUUAAUCACUCAGAAAGACACUUUGAACCUAAAAGAGAAUAAUGAAAAUCGAUCAGCAUAUCGUCCACAGGAUAAGCCGCUUCCCACCACAUCUUUGCCCGAGUCUUAUUUCAUUAGUAGAGAGGAUGACAUAAGGAAGAUCCUCAAAUUACUAACGGGAGAAGAGGACGAUAGAACAUGUGCGGAUCUAGAAGUGAUUCCCAUCGUAGGGAUGGCGGGUGUUGGGAAGACGGCUCUAGUUCAACAAGUCUACAAGGAGGCUGAAGAAAAUAACUAUUUUGAUGUGCAAGCAUGGACUUGUAUUUCUGAUGAUUUCGACGUGCUUGCUAUUACAAAGAGAAUCCUACAAACAACAACAAAAAAAUUUGACAGUAAAGAUACGGACCUGAAUUUGCUUCAAAUUGAACUCAAGGAAAACCUUAAAGGGAAGAAGUUUCUUGUUGUUUUAGAUGAUGUUUGGAACGAGAAGUAUGAGAAAUGGACUACCUUAUUGAAGCCUUUUCAAUCGGGAGCGAAGGGAAGCAAGAUCAUCCUCACCACUCGUAACAGUGGCGUUGCUUCAUUAGCAAGUGCUAGUGCUAGAUCAUAUGAUCUCAAAGGGUUGUCACAAGAUACUUGUAUGACUCUAUUUGCAUUUCAUGCUCUCGGAGUCAAAAAUUUCAAUCAUCAUCCCCAUCUUAGAGUGUUAGGCCAGAAAAUAGCAAAAAAAUGCAAAGGGUUGCCAUUAGCUGUGAAGACAUUGGCUGGGCUGCUGCGCAAUAAUGUCAAUCCCCAAGAUUGGGAAGCCGUAUUAAACAACAAAAUUUGGGACCUACCAGAAGAAAGAAAUGAGAUCCUUCCAGCUUUAAAACUUAGCUAUCUCCAUCUCCCUUUCCAUCUAAGGAGAUGUUUCGCUUACUGUGCUAUAUUUCCCAAGGACUAUGAAAUUGAACGGGACGAGUUGAUUCGCUGGUGGAUUGCAGAGGGCUUGUUGGAGGGAAGGAAGGAAAAGAACAGUCGUUGGAAUGCAGAGAGGUACCGGAUAGCAUUGGCAAACUGA